UUUCAGAUUUAAACCCCGUUUAGAGCAUCAGCGGGGUGAUGGAGCUCCUUACACCGAGAUUCAAAUCUAUGAAGUGGAUAAAAAGUGAGGCAGAGACACCCUGACAGUCCUCCCUGUGUGUUGUGUGAGUGUUGCAGGAGGGUUGCACGGUGGUUCCUCCUCGGGGAGGUGAGGGAGCUGUCCGGUGCUGAGGGGGGGCAGAUGAGCUCAGCGCACGCCGGGGGGCAGGUAACGUCAGCAGUCGGCCGGAGCAGGGAAAGACUGUGCAUACACACCCACCAAGUGUUUAUCGCUGCUUAAUCACAGACACACACCGACUCACAUUAAAAAUGGGCAGCUAAUCAGCUCCGUGUGACUCAGCGAGGCUUCUUUUUUCUUUUUCUCCUUCUCCUUCUUCUUCUUCAUCAUCCGAUCCAUGAUCCAUCCCGCGCCCUCCGCUUAGCUUGAAAUGGGAUGAUAUGGGAUUUUUCAUGUCGACGAAGAUCGGAGGGAUUCUUGCGUUUGCCUUGGUAUUCCUCUCCCUGACGGUGUCGGGAGACUCUGCAGACGUGAGGUGUGAGAACGUUUACAAAGACUUUUCUGACUGCGUCCUGGAGCUGGGAGAGAGCAUGGACAACUAUCAGGAGAACGUGACCAGUGAGAGGGGAGUGGCGGCCGUGUGCAGCCACUGGGAAGCUUUCCACACGUGUGCCCUCACGGCGCUGUCUGACUGUCAGGAGGAAGUCAGCUCCAUCUGGGAGACUCUGAGGCAGGACUCCAGGAAGAUGCGCUUCCAAGGAAGUCUGUUCGACCUGUGCAGCCCCAGCUCCUCUCCCAGCAUAAGCUCACCUCUUGCUACCCUUACCCUGCCACUGAUGGGCAUGCUGAUCAUGACUGGGCCUGACUGGUCUUGUGUAUAGAUGGGGGUUGGGUUUAAGGGUAAGGAGAUGGGAGGGGGUUGAGGAGGGCCUCCAAUUCCCCUGGGUUCAGUCUGCCUGAGUGCAAACUCAAAGCCAAGGAUUUAAGAGAGACAAAUGUUUUAAUAAGGAUUAUUUUGACACAGAGCCACGGAGGCCUGUGGCAGGCCAAUCAAUAUUUUCUGUGAUGAAUAACGUUGGAAAUCUUUUUAAAUGCUUCAGCUUGAUCCUCACUUACGUCCAGACACUGAUAGAGUAGUUGAGGGAAAUAACAUUUAUGCCAACUAAUCAGUCUAAAGCAAACACUCCAAAUAUUCAAAGGAUUUCAGUCUGAGACCUGUGGCUCUGGGUUGCAAAUAUACAAGGGGUGGACAAAAUACCAUGAACAAGACGCAUUCCAAUACAAGGAAUACUACAAACAAUACUACAGUUUUUGUGGAUCCAGCUCUGACGCAUCUGGCGGUCAGUAUAAGAGAGCAAGGUGUUCAUGUUUUUGUGUCCACCCCCUGUAUCGUGUUUCAGUUAAAGGUAUAGUUCAACAUUUCUAGAGUAAGCAGAGAAGAUCUCUACCGCUCUCGCGUCUGUAUGCUAAGUUAAAUAUGAAAUAGGAAGGAUUCUGCGCAUCAUUUUUACUCUUUUCUAUGGAUUAAAUGGAUGAGAUGUUAAUUAAUAAUAAGCUUUAGAUUUGGAUUUUGUUGGACAGAGAGCUGUUUCUCCCCUGUUUUCUGUCUUUUAGCUAAGCUGAGCAAACUGGCUUUAUAUUUAGUAUACAGACAUGAGAAAAAAGGUAAUUAGGGCAUUCCUAAAUUAGUCAAACUGAAAAGAGCUACAGACUAAAACUCACUAAAACUAACGGCAAUGUCUCAGAUCUUAGCUCUUAGUCAUUAUUAUUUGAAUAUGUUGUUAGUUUGUUGAUUAGUAAAAGGACCAAAUUCUAAAACUAAACCAGACGUGAAUCUGACAGCUUUAAUCACACCAAAGCUCGCGACUAAAACAACAUUCAGAUGUUCUAUAGGUGAAAUGCCCCUUUAAUCUCUUUCAGUUAAUGUUUGUGUAAGUGACAAUCAAGCCACUUGUAUAAUACUUUUGACCCCCCCUCUUCCCACCCAACAAUUUUAGCCCACUGUGGCUGAAAUUGUUGCACGGCUGCUAUAAAGACACCAAAAAAAAAACAACAACAACAACAACAACAGACAUCUGACAUCAUCACACGUUCACCUCUCCGACUCCCCUCGCGCUCUUUUCCUCGGAGCGAGCCUUGCCCGGCGCUUUGGUUCUUUGUUAUUAUGCUCGAUCAGACUUCUGUUGACUUGUUGAUGUUUGUGUCAAAAGAAAAUCCUGAAGUGUGAAUGUUCAGUGUCGCUUCACACGUUUCUGUUCGAAAAUGCUCACUUGCAACGAACACGAUAAGACUAAAACUUAAUUUUUUAGGUACUCAGAGUAGCUGCAUAAUCACAUAUAUCGCACAGUAAACAGAUCAUAAAAACAGUUGUCAAAUUAAAUGCAAUAACAAAACUAAUCGCUGCUAUAAUCAUAAUUAAAAAACACAAAAUAUCCAUACAUACUAUUGUUUUUGUGCCAAGAGUAUUCAAAUUAAAGAUCAACCCAUUAAUUCAUUGCAUAAUUAUGAUGUCAAACUAAAUAGAUUUCAAACUGUGGAGCUCUAUUUAUCUGUUUCAUGCUUUUAAAUCGAUCGAAAGUUUCAGAAGUAUUGAAUCUACAACAACAACAACAACAACAAAAAGAUAACGGGUGCUACGGUUUGUUCCAAGAAACCAAGUGAGAUAUCAUUAAUUGUAACAGUCCUUUGAUCUCCUAUGAAACAUAAAUUUCCUUCGCAAAAAAUAGUCACCUAGUUUCAGAGCAAAUUAAAAAUGAAUGAGCGAUAGAAGUGAUUUGUUUUGUUUGUUUGUUUUUUUUGUUUUUCUAAAUCUGUCACCAUUUGCAUAUUUCCUUUUAACACUCAACGAUCCCAACAGGCGUUAUCAAAGUAUGGCUGAUUUCUGUGGUCCUGAAUAAUUUCCAGCUUCUCUUUUUUUUGGUUUUAUCAUAAAUGCAUGAUAACUUUAGUGACAGUGCUUCAGAAUAAUGAACAGUCUGUUGAUUUUUACCUUGAAGUGUACAGUGGUAUUGAUCUGUGCAUGAAGUUAAAUAGCCCUGCGGUGUAUCAGCAU